GGGAAAGCCCGGCAAAGUGAGCAAUCCUAUUUAAAGGUGCGAGGUGGCCGCUCUCUGACACAUUUCCAACAAACACCCCUCAAGGCAACAAAAAAACGACGACCCCUGUCAGAAAAAGAAGCAUGGAAGGCCGCACCGUUUAUCUCCUCACUGCACUCCUCAUCCUCACCACCUUCACCACCAGCACGCAUUCAGCCAGCUGCUGUUUGAGGUACAUGAAGCGGAAGUUGCCAUGCCAAAAGGUGUCGGACUACAGCUUGCAGUCCAUUGGCAAGUCCUGUGACAUCAACGCUGUCAUCUUUCACCUCCCUGGAAGGUUUUUGUGCGCCAACCCCAUUGCGAGCUGGACCCAGCGAGUGAUGCAGUGUAUCGACGAGCGCAAGAGGAAGAGCGAAAAGGCCCUCAUCCAGCAAUCUGUCAACAGCAUAGCAGCAGCAUAAACUCGAACAUCUGCGUUUUGUUUUGUUCUCCAUUCAAUUGUGCUUCGAUACUUUUGAUUCGAUUUGAAGGCGAAUGUAAGCUCUGUUUUAUAAACAGCAAAGAGUAGUAUUGUAAAUACGUAUGUACGGCACGCGCUUUGGGAAGUUCUCGCAUUUUCAUUUUUUUAUGAUUGAUGUUGAAAGCACGACCCAUUGAGUUCUCAAAUGUAUCGCAGGUUGGGUUUGGUUGCCUGUUUUAUUUAUUAAAGAGUUUGCUUUUUAAUAUCA